AUGCAAAUGCUUGAACAGAAGGGCGUAAUUAAUGGUUUUAGUAAAUUACUCAAUACAGUAACCCCUGUCGAUGCAAGUACUUGUAUGUUUCCACCCAAUCUUUUUGCACAUGCUGGAAGUGGAUUUGGAUUAUCUAAUUAG